ACGCUAAUUGUUAAAGCUCAUUGUACUGUAUCUAACAAAAAAUGUCAAAUCUCUCCCUAGAAAAAUUUGUGGGCAAAGUGGCCGUAGUAACAGGCGCAUCUUCAGGCAUUGGAAAAUCCAUCGCAGAAAGUCUGGUAAGGAAUGGCCUAAUUGUAGCCGGUGUAGCACGAAGAUUGGAUCGCCUACAGAAGCUUUCAAAGGAUCUUUCUGAGGAAAAAGGUAAAUUGUAUGCGUUUCAAUGCGAUUUGACCAAACCCGAUGAGAUCGUGUCGCUCUUUGAAAAUAUUGCCGACAAACUGGGAGCGAUUCAUGUGCUGAUUAACAACGCCGGAGUGCGAUAUGCAACCUCUCUAAUUGAUGGAGACUUUGAGAAAUGGAAAGAAGUCAUGGAUACGAACGUUUUGGCAGUGGCAGCAUGUGCAAGAGAGGCGAUCAGCAGCAUGAAGCAGAACAACAUUCGAGGGCAUGUGAUUAACAUUAAUUCCUCAACCGGACAUUUCAUUCCUCAAGGUCCUGACUUUGCGCUUUAUCCUGCCUCCAAGCAUGCGGUUACGGCUUUAACGGAAACCCUCCGGCUGGAAGUCAACAGGCACAAAUUGCCCAUUAAAAUAACCAGUCUUAGUCCAGGCUUUACGAAAACUGAAAUCCCCAUAGUGGCUUAUGGGAAAGAAGCCGGGGAGGCUUUUUUGGAAAACCACACUGGCUUGAAUCCUGAAGAUGUGGCUGAAGCCGCUUUGUACAUUCUAGCUACUCCCGACCACGUCAAUGUUAAGGAGUUGACUCUGUACGUUCAGUGGGGGAUAAGCAAGAAGUAAAUCUUGCCACUUCUGCACUUUGCAACACACUGUAUAAUGGAAGUAUGCCAUCUCAAUAAAUCAAUCUAUAAGAAG